AUGAGUAUUAUCAACUCCAACACCACGAACAUAGUCAGCCACUCGGUCGACGUCCAGACAGUGAAUGUAAACUACUCGACGGGCGAGGGAACAUUCUACUGCAGGGCACACGACCACUAUUACAAACACAACGAGAGGUCUGAGAACUGUCAUCCUCAUCAAUUCCGCAAAUCUCGCUUGGGCAGGAAGAUGUAG